AUGCCCCGGACGCCCUCUCUAGUGAACGUAUAUUUUUGGAAAGCGCACCUACCGACAACCAUGAAACUUCUUCAGCUUAGUUUCAUGUUGACUUUAGUGUUGCUGCCUUCGGCUUCGGCCGGUUUGGCCUCACACCGCAAGCUCAACCGUGCAGCGGGAGGCAACGCGAUUCAGGGACAGUACAUCAUCGAAUUGGAUCCGAGUAUUCCGGAUUCAAGGGGCUUUGCCACCCAAGUCCUCAAACGGGCGUUCCAAAACAACCUCAUUGAGACCUACGACUACGCCUUGAAAGGAUUCGCCGUCAAAGACGUCCCCGACAUGUUGCUGAACUUUAUGCUCAAUAUGGACGACGUGAUUUCGAUGACCGAAGACUCUGUCGUGGAGGCGGAUGCUGUGCAGAUGAAUCCUACGUGGGGUCUCGACAUCACGGACGGACAGGAUAACAACCGCUACACUUACACGUAUACGGGACGAGGCGUGCACGUGUACAUUCUCGACACUGGAAUUCAAGCAAAUCAUCGUGACUUUGAACGUCGGGUGAAGAGUUGCGUCUCCUAUACUGGAGAAGCCUGUGGAUCCGAUCUCAAUGGACAUGGUACCCAUGUGGCAGGAACUGUCGGUUCGAAAACAUACGGCGUUGCCAAGAAAGUUUUCCUACACGACGUCAAAGUGCUCAAUCGACGGGGAAGUGGAUCCUACAGCGGAGUUAUUGCUGGCAUUGACUACGUCGCCCGUAUCAAGAGGGGAAAUCCCAGACGCAAAAUGGUACUCAACAUGAGUCUUGGAGGAGGUCGGAAUAUUUCACUCAACAAAGCGAUCAAUGCUGCGGCGGCUUCAGGCGUGAUGGUGGUGGUUGCUGCCGGAAACAGCAACCAAAAUGCCUGCAACUUUUCUCCUGCGUCUGCGUCGGGAGCAUUGGCGGUUGGGUCCAUUGACCGCAACAACCGCCGUUCGAGCUGGUCCAACUGGGGUCGCUGCGUGAAUAUCUUUGCACCAGGAUCCGGGAUUGUGUCGUUGUCUCGAACCGGUGGUACGAGCACGAAGUCGGGUACGUCUAUGGCUUCUCCGCACGUGGCCGGUGUCGCCGCGCUGUACUUACAGGCGGGUCGAAGAACCGGCUUUAUUGUCCCCGAUGCCGUGACGAGCCAGCUCACCGACGUUAGAGGGGCCCUCAACCGGCGCGUGCGUACUUCCCAAUUGCCAUGAGCUCGUUAGUUCGCUCAAGCUGCAAAUCGGUCGUACUUCAAUCCAGAAUUACAUUUGUUCCUCGGACUGACUGGGAAAGCUACCUUCCUCGGUCAUACCUUUCCCGGUAUACACUCUAGAACACAACAUACACCGAAAAUCUGUUUCAAGGUCUAAAAAAAAGGGGAUAUCCUUACAUAAAGCUGAGAAUGCUUGGU